AUGGAACUUGACAUAAGAAGAUCAUCAUCAGCAUCUCCGUCGCUAUCACCACCACCACCCUCAAGGCCUUCAUGGCCUUUGAAUUUUGAUAAUUACAAAAACAAAGAAUUCGUUAGAAACAAAAUACAAUUUAUUUUAUAAUCAUUGUUAUUAUCAUUUUUCUUGCAUGGGGAAGCAUCUCUUGUCGUUUCGCUCCCUCCGGCGUCGUUUAAAGAAGAAGCGUGGCCCACCACAGCCAGCUCCGCCUCCUCUUCCCCCGGUUGGUGCUGUGGCUUCUCCUUCGGCUCAGAAUGUGAUCGGCGGUAGCAGUGGUGGGGGUGGGUCGGUGGCCGCAAAGGGGAAGAAGAAAGCGAGGCUGUGGAUGAGGUUUGAUUUCACUGGCAAAUCAGAGCCUGUUGAAUGUGAUAAGGGUGUUAUUAUUGAACGUGCGGGGAUUCCGGCGAGGGAUUUGAGGAUUCUCGGUCCUGUGUUCUCUCACUCUUCAAAUAUCCUUGCUAGGGAGAAAGCCAUGGUUAUCAAUUUGGAGUUCAUAAAGGCUAUAGUUACAUCUCAAGAAGUGCUGUUGCUUGAUCCUCUCCACCAGGAAGUGCUUCCUUUUGUAGAUCAGCUUAGGCAACAACUUCCUCAUAAAAGCUCCUUUAGCACACCUGGGGCAAGGGCAGCAGAUGUGCAAGAUAACGAAUUGCAGGUUUCCACACGCGAAAAGUGGUCACCUAUUGGAGAAGCUGUUGAAGGUGUACAGAAUGAGCUUCCAUUUGAGUUUCAGUUUCUGGAGAUUGCAUUAGAGUUUGUCUGUACAUAUUUAGACUCCAGCGUGGCUGACCUUGAGAGAGAUGCUUACCCUGUGUUGGAUGAACUGGCUAGAAAUGUUAGCACCAAGAAUCUUGAACAUGUCCGGAGUUUGAAAAGCAACCUUACACGUCUACUUGCCCGCGUACAAAAGGUAAGGGACGAGAUUGAACAUUUACUAGAUGACAAUGAAGAUAUGGCACAACUAUAUUUAACAAGGAAGCGAAUCCAGAAUCAGCAAGCCGAGGCUUUGCUAGCAGGUGCAGCUUCGAAUAGUAUUGUUGCAAGUGCACCUCAUCUUCGUCGACUUAGCUCUAACAGGAGUAGCAGUUUGGUGAUGAGUACCGUUAUGGGUGAUAAUGAUGUAGAAGAUUUGGAGAUGUUGCUUGAAGCAUACUUUAUGCAGCUGGAUGCAACACGCAACAAGAUACUUUCUGUGCGCGAAUAUAUUGAUGACACAGAAGACUAUGUGAACAUCCAACUCGACAACCAGCGUAACGAACUCAUCCAACUCCAGUUGAUAUUGACCAUUGCAUCAUUUGCCAUAGCUAUUAACACCUUGAUAGCUGGGAUAUUUGGGAUGAACAUCCCUUGUGUGUUGUACAAUGUUCAAGGCAUAUUUGAAAUCUUUGUUGGGAGCACAACGGCUUUUUCUGUACUGCUUUUCCUGCUUGUGCUCGGUUAUGCCAGAUGGAAGAAGCUGCUUGGUACAUAAAGUCCUCAUGGUCAAUUUUAAAUAUGUUUUAUGCUCUCAAAGUUUGGAACAUUUUUUUCCUUAUUUAUGAAUUCUUAUAAUAAUGGUUAUCAUGCAAAGCACAGACGUUAGACAUGGACCAAGUAUCAAUUACUUAUGUUAUACAUCAUGUAGAAUUUUGAAUGAACAAGUACAUUGCUUUUGUUCUA